ACUUGCCGUAAGAAAUUUGACACCUCUUUUGUCAAAACAAACUUGGACCUUUUUUGUCUGCUGAAAAAACGAUGAACCUUUACCUACUAACAUAAAGCUCUUAUUUUUCUUUCACAAUUUUUCCUGUGACCCAUUUCCUGCUGUCAAUCAAACUAUAGACUGUAUAGCCAAAACAAACAAAGAAAUGAAGGCAAUAGUGAUAACAACACCAGGAGGACCAGAGGUGUUGCAAUUGCAACAAGUAGAUGACCCAGAAAUCAAAGAUGAUGAGGUCCUCAUCAAGGUAGAAGCCACCGCUUUAAACCGGGCUGAUACUCUCCAAAGGAAAGGUUCUUACCCUCAUCCAAAGGGGGCUAGUCCUUACCUUGGUCUUGAAUGUUCUGGUACUGUUCAAGCCGUUGGCAAGAAUGUUUCUUGCUGGAAAAUUGGUGAUCCGGUAUGUGCUCUUCUUGGUGGAGGUGGAUAUGCUGAGAAAGUGGCUGUUCCAGCCGGACAUGUUCUUCCAAUCCCACCUGGGGUUUCCCUCAAAGAUGCUGCUGGUUUACCUGAAGUGGCUUGUACUGUUUGGUCCACUGUUUUUAUGAUGAGUCGCUUAUCUGCUGGGGAGACAUUCCUGGUCCAUGGUGGUUCUAGUGGCAUUGGCACUUUUGCAAUUCAGAUAGCCAAGACCAAAGGAGCAACAGUAUUUGUUACAGCAGGUAGUGAAGAAAAAUUAGCUUUCUGCAAGAAACUUGGAGCUGAUGUGUGCAUCAAUUACAAGACAGAGGACUUUGUUGCACGUGUUAAGGAAGAAACUGGAGGGAAGGGUGUUGAUGUAAUUCUGGAUUGUAUUGGAGCAGCCUACCUUCAGCGAAACCUGGACAGCUUAAAUUUUGAUGGAAGGCUUUGUCUUAUUGGCUUCCAGAGUGGAGCUGUCACGGAAAUUAAACUCAAUACUUUACUUCCAAAGCGCCUCACAGUGCAAGGGGCUGCCUUGCGACCAAGAAAUCCAGAAAACAAAGCAAUGGUUGUCAAUGAAGUGGAGAAGAAUGUUUGGCCUGCAGUUGCGGCAGGCAAGGUGAAGCCUAUCAUCUACAAAUCUUUUCCCUUGUCUGAGGCUGGGGAGGCUCAUCAGCUCAUGGAAAGUAGUGAGCAUAUUGGAAAGAUACUACUUGUUCCAUGAUGCUGGUAUCUUGUCUUCUAGGGAGAAAAUGUUGUGUAAUUUGGUGAUAAAAUAAGCCACUUGCGAAUCAUGCAUGCGUAGUUUAUUUCCUGAUGUCCUUGUGGCCUAAUUUAAUCUUUACCAAAAUGAAAAUCAUGCAAAACUGAUAUGUUGUAAAAUAUUUUUUAUACUUUCCAGUGGCACGUAUUUCAGGAAGAUAA